GCGGCGAGGCCGCUCGCAGCGUGUGGUCUCGGCUUCUGGCGUCGGAUGCUCGUGAAUAUGCUACCAAAGUGGAGGCAAUGACCAAGGCGUGUGUGGAGCUGGCGAACCGCAACUUGCAUGGGGCGAAACACACAGACGUGGGGGGUUGGUGGGUGCGCACACUGCCAGGCCUGCAGAUGCCUGUUCCCACAGUGCAGCGCCGCGAGACAGGUCCGGGUUACGACCCCGACCAGUACGUCGUCCAGGUGGCCCCCACAGCGAAAACCGCAGCGUCAGGGCUGAGCUUGCCCAAGAUCGUCAAGAUGGUCCUGGCUUCGGGCGAAACGCACCGGAUGAUCCUCAAGGGCGGCUCCGACGAUCUGCGCCAGGACAGUAUCAUGGAACAGGUGUUUGGGAAGGUGAAUGUGCUGCUUUCACAGGAUGCCCACGCGCGUCGGCGGCGGCUGCGUGUACGCACGUACAAGGUUGUGCCGUUGGGACCCCGGUCCGGUGCAAUCGAGUUUGUGUCCAACUCUGCCUCGCUGGACGAGUUGCUACGUGGGUUGCAUGCGGGGGACAAGUUACGUGCAGACCGCGCCCGCGCAAGGAUGAAGAGUGCACAGGAGCACUCGCCGGCGCGCCGCGUUGCGGUUUACAUGGACAUCUGCGAGCAGGUGCAGCCUUGUUUCCGGCAUUUUUUCUUCAACAACUACACGGCGCCGGACGGUUGGUUCGAGGCGCGGCUGGUGUACAGCCGCGGGCUCGCGACCACAAGUAUCGUGGGACACAUGCUUGGGCUUGGCGACCGCCACUGCAACAACAUCCUCGUCGACAAAGUCUCGGCCGAGCCAAUCCACAUCGACCUGGGCGUGGCAUUCGAUCAGGGCCGCGCAUUCCCCGUGCCGGAGAUCGUGCCGUUCCGGUUGACAAGAGACCUGGUGGACGGGCUGGGGGUGGCGGGCACGGCAGGCGUGUUCAGCCGCAGUUGCGAGAACGUUUUUGGCGUGCUGCGUGCCAACUCGACGCACAUCAGCGACAUUCUCGACGUGCUUAAAUACGACCCACUUUACUCGUGGACGGUGUCGCCCGUGCGGGUACGGCGGGUGCAGGAAGAGUGGGGGGGAGAUUGGGAUGAGGCUGCGCGCCGCGACGUGGGGUCGGAGGCCAGCAUGGCAAUCGACGGCGUGCUGCGCAAAUUACAGGCUCGCGGGCUCAGCGAGGAGGCUGUGGUGCGCGAGCUCGUGCGCGAGGCCACUGAUAGCCGCAACCUGGCGUUGAUGUAUGCUGGGUGGGCUCCAUUUCUAUAGAAUAGAGUUUGGUGGUUUUGUGGGCUAAAGGCACGAGAUGAUCCACGGAGCCGACGGCAGUGGGAGCACUCUGCUGGAAUUUUGUCUCUAAGGUCUUCAAACAACUGUCUCCCUAAUACAGUUUCUGUUAAAUUUUGUAGACACUUUUGUUGCAGCAAUAGGCAAAAAAUUCCAAGUUAUUCCAAAUGAGGAUGUUGGGCGCGAUUGGCGAAACGAGGUGAAAGCUGUGUCCCUAGCUUAGUAGGCUACUAAAAAGGUGGAGGGCUCGAAACACCUUCGGAAGCGGCCAGAAAACAUAUUUUCCAAACGCGUCUUUUGAAGCAGUCGUCGAUGUGUUCCAAAUGCCAAGAAAAUAACUCCAUAUUGCGCAAGAAGCGGAUACGCAAGCGAUAACUAUCGUGUGAGCAUCUGCAAUGUGUUUCCUACUGUGGCACAGGAUUGUCAAGGUAGCGGAUAGAAGCUACUGCGGGCCACGUUGUGGGAUCGAACGGCUGAGGCGAGGCUGUAGAAUUACUACUUGAGCCACCAACACCUGACUGCUAAAACCACACUGUCCCGGUGGUGGAGCUUUAGGGACACGCAAGAUGUCCUCAAGAACGCGCAGAACGCCGCUCCGGCGCGAUCGGGCUUAGACCCGACACUCCGGACCCUGUCGCUCGACCUGUUUACUUUUGGCUAUGCAUCUGCAGCCAUCUGCGGAUAAAUAACAUUCUAGAUUUUUUUCCGGAUCGGCUAUUGCAAGAUCGUGCUGGUACGUCAGCAGCUUCUAGAAGAUACCAGCCCCGCGGGACAUUACAAGUGAAGAGUCCCUGUGUCCGUUAAGGCGACACACUUGCAGGGUUGUAAAUAAGCAGGUGGAUUACGCCGUGGCGAGAGAUUCGCCCAUGCGCGCAAUACCCCACUGCUAAAGUGGUUCGACCGCCAUUUUGACGUCAUUGCAGAUGGCCCGUUUAGAGGGCAUGGUGGAAAAAGUGGAAUUAUCCGAACAAGUGCAAUUCUAGCCUCCGCACUGCACGGCACCGAUCUCUCGUGAAAACUCUGCGUGAUGGUGGGGACGUGUAUUGUUUGGAAAUUCAUAUUCAGCCAUUAUUAAUGGGCAAACGGAGUAAAUCCUGACGUGGACUACCUCAAGUGGAAAUUCCAAAAAUUUUUGCAUUGUUCUAUUUGCUGCACAAGCACCCCAUGAUGUAGCGUGCACAAUAGACCACGGGCUGUUUUUAGAACAACAACAAUACGGUCACUCUCGCGACUGGGGAAAUGUGGGGCCGG